AUGGGAGAAGAAAUCAAAAAACUUACUCAUACAGGUUAUAUCCAACGGCCUGCUUAUAAUUUGUGUUGUGGCAUCUUCACUGCCCAAAAUGGUACCGAAGAAGAUUUAAUGUUCAAUUACAAUUGGGUUAAUAACCCAGAGGCUCAAAAUAAAAAUGGUGAAUAUGUGUAUAUUGAUGAGGAUAAUGCAAGUAACAGUGAAAGUAUUGUUGACUUAAUCCAAAACGACUAUGGUGAAGCUUGUGAUGAAGACACAUAUUAUGAUGAAUGGGUAGUUGAGUACGUUAAUUUGUGGGACUAA